AUGGCAUCUAAAGCAACAGCUGCACUUUCUCGACUUCGUGAAAUAGAUAAAAAAUAUAAAUCUAAACAAGAAAAACGAUACUCUAUAUUUAGUGAAAGUUCAAAAAGUAUCGAUACAAAAAAAUCACAAAAAUUAUUAAAGCCUCAAUUAAAUAUUAAAAUGCCAGAUCCUUAUGAAGAGUAUAUAAAUGUAAACAGUUCAAGUGAAAGCAAAAAGUGUUCAGUACCGAUCAAGAUUAUUUGUGAAUUGCCAAAACGAUCAUCAAAUAGUAAUGAUAACAAUGAAAACAUUGAAAGUAUAGAAGAACAUGAAAUAACAAGUGAUAAAAAAACUAUUAAUGAUGAAUAUACGUCGAGGAAGGAUGAAACGAAUAAAUCAAUUAGUGAAAUUUUAGAAGAUACUCAAUCAUUAUCUGAAAUAUCUACUAAAUUAACCAAAUCUCAAAAAUCUAUAGAUGACAAAUAUCAUGAACAUUCAAGUCUAAAUUUACUAACAAGAGAUGAAACAUCUAAAAGUGACAAGAAAAUAAAAACAGAAGAAGAAUAUGAAGAAGAAGAAGUAGAAGAAGAAGAAGAAAUAGAGGAUGAAGAGCAAGAAGAAAAAAAUGAAAAAGUAAAUUUGGAUUUAGAAGACAAAAAUUCUCUUGUUCACUAUUCCGAUGAGUCAUUUGAAAGUAACUCUUCUAAAACUGACAAUUCUCAAUCAACAGUCAUUCCAGAGCAACUUCAGUCAGAAAUAAAUCAUGAAAAAGUCAGUACAACAAAAGAACUAACAAUUUUAUCUAAAAAUGAAACUAAUACUUCAGAUGAUAUUGUUAGUGAUUGUCUGAAUGUAAGUCGCGAUAAAUUCCAAGAGUCUGAAGAAAAAUUAAAUCCAAGUACUAAAAACUCCAAGUCUUUCACUACGUAUAAUGAGAGUACUAGUACUAAACAAUCAUCUAAUGAAUCUAGAAGUAAGACCGAAAGAAUAGACAAUCAAGAUGAUGAUAAUGAAACUAUUAGAACUACUAAAAGAAUAUCUAGUGAAUCAGAGAUUACACCUAAAUAUUCAAAUAAGCAGAAAAUAAAGAGUAGUGAAUCUACAUCUCAAGUAGUUGUAAUAUUUAAUCGAAAGUCUAAUAAAAAAAAGUCCAAGGAAUCUGAUGAUACGAUAGAAACUAUCAAAUCAUCACGGCAAAUUUUAUCUUUAUCAUCAUCAUCAUCAUCAUCCUCAACUUUAUCAAAAUCAUCACAAAUUACAAAGCCUAAAGAUCUAAAAAAAGUUGACAUGAAUCGUAGAAGAAAAUAUGUUCAUCAUAAGCCAAAUGAAAGAUAUUGUUCUUCCGCAAUGAUAAAUUAUGUUAAGAAGAUGAGAGAAGAACAGCAGAAACUUCAUAUGCUGCCAAAACAAAUAAUUUGUUCAGAUAAAAUGAAAAUUCAAUCAAUUAAACCUCUAGAAUUUCCAAAAAUUUUAAAUUUCAUUCGAAAUGAUAGCUAUAAAAAUUCAGAUCUUAACUUGGAAAUUCUUCAAAAUCACUUAUCUAAUAUUCGCCAAUGGUUGAAAGAGCAAUAUUUAAUAUACAGAGAAAAUAGUGAAGUAGCGGUACAUAUUAACAGAAAUUAUCACCCAACAACUUUAAAUGAAACAAAGAAGAUAAUUUAUCAGCUUCAAAGUAAAGCACACGCUAAAAAUAAAAAUCAAUAAGCAAACUACUAACAAACGUUAAUACUAGUUCAUGAGUGAUUUUUUUUUUUACUGAGAGGAAUUUCUAUAUAGAAGUUCUUUAAUAAAUUGUUCAUUGAGUAUAUAAAACGUCAUCAACGUCGUCAUUAAUGUGUUGACGUCAUGGAUGAUGGCAACAUUUAAUAAUAAUCAGCAAGUAGGAAGAUAUAAUAUAGAAGAGCAACAAAGAAAGGCUGUCUGGCAUUUUUCAUCUUCCUUCCUCUCA